AUGGAAAGGGAAAAGAAAAUACCUUGUUACUGGAGCUUUCCAUUGCUUCACCGGAGUCUCGCCGGAGAAGAUGAAGCUUGCUUCGCACUUAUCGCGGGAGGAAGUGGUACAAGUAAUAUUAUUCUUACAUGGACAAUAUAUUCAAUUUUGAGAAAUCCUUUUGUAAUGGAAAAAGUAAAAGCCGAACUAGACAUUCAUGUUGGAAAAGAGAAAAUGGUAAGUGAGAAUGAUAUAAGUAAGUUAAAAUAUCUUCAAGCCACAGUCAAAGAAACUUUAAGAUUGUAUCCUCCUCUUCCUCUAUUGGCACCUCGUGAAUUCACAGAGAAUUGCACUUUAAGUGGUUAUAACAUAGAAAAAGGAACUCGUCUAAUCACAAAUAUUUGGAAGAUUCAGACAGAUAGCAAUGUUUGGGAAGAUCCAUUGGACUUCAAACCAGAAAGGUUUCUAACAACUCAUAAAGACAUUGACAUCAGAGGUCAUAAUUUUGAGUUAUUGCCAUUUGGAAGUGGUAGAAGAAAGUGUCCUGGAAUAACCUUUGGCCUUCAAAUGGUGCAUUUCAAUCUUGCUACUCUUUUGCAUUCUUUUGAAAUUCUAAGUUCAUCACCUGAUCUUAUUGAUAUUACUGAAACCUCUGAAUUAAUCGACACCAGUGUUAUUCCCCUUGAGAUUCUUAUUAAACCAUGUCUAUCUUUUAGCUGUUAUGAGAACAACUUAUCCUUAUGUUAA